CGGCGAACCCGAUUUAGUUUUAGAUUUUUUUACCAGUCAAGCAAAUUAAUCUUUGCGCACCCCAGCGUGAUCGUCAAGGAGCCGGAGCGCAUCGCUUACGCUUUUAUUGUUUCUCACACACAAAAAUUAAAAUGCUGGAAUUGUCUCCGCAAAAAAAACUGCAAAAUGCACGACUGAUAAGUGCCAUUUGCUUCUUCUCGAUUUAGUUUGCGAUAAAAACAAAACGUGCAUGGACUUGAUGCUCGAUCCGCGAAGAAAGAAGAAAGAAGAGCAUCUGAUAAGUAGCCGAUCUUGGUUCGUUUCAGCAAGUACCACUUGUUCCAUCAUUACAUCAUGCAGGCAUUGGUGGACCGGUUGGCCCGAAGUUGUGUCCUUGCUGAACAGGACAUAAGCAAAAGAAAUUCAUCCCCUGUAAGUACAACCUCUACUCCUCUCAUCGCAGCGCUCAUCGCCUUAGAAACGGUACAGAAACUGCUCUCCAACGUGGUGCGUGACCCCAACAACGACAAGUUUCGCCGGCUGCGGCCAGGCAACGCCACUCUGCAGCAGAAGUUGGAGCCGCUGUUGUUUUUACAGGAGGAGAUCUACGAGGAGCAGAAAAAUGAAGAUUCUAGCGCGUUGCAGAUCAUGUUGCACGACCGCCAGGAGCGCCAAACAUCAAAUAGAGAUCUUGCUCCCGCUGCUUCUCCUUCGGACGAGAACUCCAGCGAUAUGAUGACGAGAAGAUCGAAAAAAUUGGAAGCCCUGCUCCACCUGCUGGGGUUCACGCUGAAGGAAAAUGACACCUGCGUCUGGCUGCGGGGGAAAGCGGAGGCAGAAAAGGACCUCCAGUACCUGCAAAGGUGCUUGACGAAGCAGCAGCCAGAUAGGAAUUAUCUCGGUUCUGCAUCAUGCACGUUUUUUGAGGGCACCUUGCUGAAAAAGAAGCAAGACCAGGUGUUGGCAGAGAUUUUGAAUGGAAACAACAGUCCGACCACCUCUAUAAAUGGCGCACCAGGUGCGACCUCAUCCGGAGACAAAGCGAAAGAACAGCUGCAGGCCUUGCGCAAUCUACGGUCGAACAAGUACAAGGAACAGCAAACGCAGGCGAUGUAUCCUGUGUAAAAACUACUACGUCCUUCCCACUACCCCAAAGUCGAGAUGGGAAGAGAACUGCAAGACAAGUGACGAUUCACGCAUGACAAAUUUCGCUGUGCAGUGUAAGUAGUCGGGCCCUGCUAGUUGUCCGGACGCAUCACCUCCAAUCUGCGCUGUUGUGGUGAUUCGCGCAUGUUGACAGAUUCCCAAAGAACGCCAGUAGGUUUAUUGCGCAGCAACCUGUCUCGGACUAGAGCAGUUGCCAGCAUGCUCCUGAGAUCAAUGAGAUCAGAGAUGUAGGAUCAAAGUACACCGAUAGGUAGAAGAUCUAGCAAUAGCCUAGAGGGGUCACACGAGUAGGAUCACUAGGACCACAUGGGUCACACAGGACAGUACACCACUAGGAUGGUGAUGAUGAUAAUCAUACCAAUGGUAACAACGUACACACAACAGUGCCAGAAUGGCUUCUGGUCUACGGGCCAGUAGCUGGAAUGAAUCAAGAGCCCUUUCUCUCCGUAGUACCUACUAGGUAGGUGCCUAGAUAGUAACUCUGUUCUCUAUCUUCGGACAGCAUGCUAGUGAGCAUGCCCAGUCCCUGACGCUUGAGACGUCCACAGAGUUAUGAGCCCAACCAUUCCCCCAGCGGGAAAGGUAAGAACUACUAGCCCCCUUCCCCCCGUAUAUGUCUUUGCACUAGAGCAGCGGACGAGCCACCCAUACUCAGGGCUGUAGUCGCCUCCCUGUGUGGCUAUGCCGCACUUGGAGUGCCAGAACAGCGCAUGGCGCUGGAAAGGGCAAAAGUCCCCUCGCACAACAUUCGUCGAUGACGUAUGUUGUAGCGAGUGCGAGACAUGAAAGUAGAAGUAGCAACACAAAUAUGGUGGCGCAGCAGCGACCUCCAGGGUGUUGCAGUCGGCAGAUGUUGCUGCAGCGGUAGCUGCACGCAACUCCGGAAAACGCAGCACAAGUUGCAGCCAGAGCUUAGGCUGCAGCAGAAGCUGGCAGAAGUUGGGUCGGGGCAACUUUGUCAAACGGGUCACGUAUGGCUGUUUCUGUUUGUAGAAAUCGCUUAGAUUUCCACUUGCUUUGCUUUGAAGAUGAUCUGACGAGAUCACGAUAGAUCAAGGGAAAAGCUCCCAGAUCCGCCGCUCUAGUUCUGCUUGCCGGGUCUUGGAUUGGUUGUUACAACCAGCAGAAGAUCAAUCUCUGAUCACAAGGUCUUAGGUUCUCACGCGAGAUCAUUGCCGCAGGUCUCCACUCGAAGUUCAACAUGGCGGCCGGAAAGAUCUCGGCUGGUUAGGAUCAUCACCAGGUGACAUGUUCACACACCUGCACGCUCCUCCUCGUUCCCCACGAUCGGCAUUAAGGCUCCUCAUGAUAAGAAGCUAGUGACCAACAACUCGCUGUAGCACAGACAUUGAGUCUGCUCCUUGGGGCGCUUCACAAAUUCCAAUCAGGUAGUAGCGUAAGCUAGCGGGGAACUGCAACAAGCACGCACAAGCACCGCCAACGGGGUGCGUUGGUGGAAAGCAGGCAAACAAGCGCGGACAGCUGUUAGAAAAACAGCUUGCAAGUCCAGUCGACGCCUUUGUAGGAACAAAGGCGAAUGAUGAUUGAGGUUGAGCAUGUUGACAGAUUCCCAAAGAACGCCACGAGCUUGAUAGAAAACUACGCCUCCCAUGAGGAGCCGCAUACAGAAACAUCAUACAUUAGCAUGCAAAUUCGCAUCACAGCUUUGGGGUGGGUACUAAGUGUUUCCUCAGGAUGACAUGGUGGAGUACCUCAGUCGGCACGACGACGAUGAUAUCGCAAGAAAAAAGUGUUACAGUAACACAUUGUGUUGCAGGCCAAAGCAAGACAGACCAACUCUGUCAUGCCGGAUACGCAUAGAGGCCUCGUUUCAUAGGUGUUUUCCCGUAGGAUUUCUGCAUUACAAGUUUUCUCUCUCAUGCAGAGAAAUUUGUGUUGCUGAACUGACUACAAAUGUGUAACUGUAACAGUUUUUUCCUGGGAUAGAUGAUUUUUCGCAGGCAGACAUGAUAGCAUUGAUGAACAAAAAGAACUCCCGGUUUGUCACGUGUUUCGCCUGCAAGCAGACCCUGCGCUACAAAAAGGCGGAAACGGAGCUGGUUCUGUGCGUCUGUGGGCAGAUGGUCCCGACCAACCCCUAUGAGCGGCGACACGUGAUCCACUCUAUCCCCGAGGCCGGGGAGCCGAUCGACCCUCGGGAAAUGCAGAAGAUCCGGGGCCCCAUGGUGGAGCUGCGCUCGAUUCCGGGGAUGGACGGUGCGUCAUCGACUUCGUCGGGAGGUCAUGUCGACACGACGUCGUCCACUGGUGGUGCCGGUAGCAGUAGUGGCUCCACUGGUCAUGCCGAUCAUGAUCCCGGUGCUCGUGGUGGCGCGUGGUCAUCAUCAGCCUCUAGUAGUACUUCUACCUCGUCCCGCGGCCAGCCCCGCCUGAUCCCCUUACACGCGCUAUCCUGAGUAAAAACGUCCCCACACCAGAGUCAAGUUGGGAACUUAGCAACACAAAUCCAGAAGUUUUGGGAGCCACGCAUGACAAGUUGCAGUCCGUACCGUUGUGCAGGUUAGCAAGGCCAGCGGCAUCAGGAAUCCAUCUGCUUAUCCUAUUUACAGCAUUACAAAUGCCAAAACACGACUAGAAAUGCCCCUCGUGGCGAUGCGCAUUACAAGCGUUCCUGUCAUUGCAAAUCUGCAUGACAUCUCUGGGGUGGGGACGUUUUUACAAAGGAUACGCGCUCCUUUCUGCAAUCCAGGAGCACGAGGAGACGAAGGCGAAGGAAGCCACGCACGAGGAGAUCACGGCGUUGCCGCGGAGAAUGGUUCGCGCAACCGACAUAUGCAUUGCAAAUAUGUCUGGGUCGGGAGACUUGUAAUGCUACAAGUGAAUGAUAGACGCGGCGCAAUACGCAGUUACGCAUGACAAAUUUUGUGGCUGCCAUGUCUUAUGUAUUCCGCAUGGCAAACUGUUUUUUCGCAUGACAGUUAAGAGGGCUCUUUCGUGCUUGUGCAAUACAGAUUCUCGAAUCAUGCCAGACUAGCAUGACAAAUCUCGCAAUCUCCCAGACCCAGACAUUUUUGCAGUUGAUACGACAACCUCGCCGAAGACGAUAGGACGUGUCGGAUUUGCCUGGAGGGCUACUUUAUGCACUGCAAAAGUAUCGCACUCGUAUAAAUAUGCAUUACAAAUUUCCUCAGCAUGAGAGCUGAGAUUUCUAAUGCGGAUUUACCCUAAGAAAAGGGAUUGUAAUGCAUGAUUGCAAUACGAGUACGAUGCUUUUGGUUUUGCAGUGCAUAUACUUCGAGCCAGACUUGGAGACGGGCGAAGCGCCGGAGUGCGUGGAGGUGCGGACGUUGCCCUGUUUGCACUUUUUCCACACGCACUGCGUGGACCAGUGGCUUCGGGUAAACAAAGUGUGUCCGACCUGCAGGCAUGAAGUUUGAGAGGUGGACGUCGGUUUUGUGGGGGGACUAUUCCCAAAGUCGGUCGCUGGGUCGUUGCGAAUAAAUUUGUCUAGUUAGUUACUCCGAGGAAGGGCUCGUGGUGAUCAUGCCAAGGAUAAAAACUACAAAUAUUAAUACGCAAAAAAGUUAGUAGAAGUAUUUCCAAGGAGUUGAUCUUGAUGUGAAAAAGAACAUUCACAUUUUCGAUUGAGUUUCACUUCCAU